CAUGUGAGUAGUUGGCGCAGAAAUGUUGAAAAAUCGAAGACGCGAAGGUACAAAUCCGAUCAAAAUUUUGGGAAAUUAAUUUGUAAUUUCUCAGAGAGUUCCAAAUCCGAGAACAUGAGCUGGUGGUGGGCCGGAGCUGUUGGCGCUGCCAAGAAAAAAUUCGAAGAAGACGAACACCUGCGCGGCCCCCAGAGCGUGGGUCUCGUGAUCGGCGUCACCGGCAUAGUCGGCAACAGCCUCGCGGAGAUCCUCCCCCUCUCCGACACCCCCGGCGGCCCAUGGAAGGUCUACGGCGUCGCGCGCCGUCCCCGCCCCAACUGGAACGCCGACCACCUCGUCGAGUACAUCCAGUGUGACAUCUCCGAUCCCGACGACGCCAAAGCCAAGCUCUCUCCGUUAACCGACGUCACUCACAUCUUCUACGUCACCUGGACCAACCGAUCCACCGAGGCAGAGAACUGCGAGGUUAACGGUAAUAUGCUGCGCAACGUUUUGGACUCCGUCAUCCCGAACGCGCCGAAGCUCAGCCACAUCUGCCUCCAGACCGGCGCCAAACACUACGUCGGACCGUUCGAGUCCUUCGGUAAGAUCCAGCCGCACGAUCCGCCGUUUACGGAGGACUUGCCCCGAUUGGACGCCCCAAAUUUCUACUACACCCAGGAAGACUUGUUGUUUGCUGAGGUGGAGAAGAAAGAGGAUCUGACUUGGUCGGUGCACCGACCCGAGACGAUUUUCGGGUUUUCCCCUUACAGCUUGAUGAACAUCGUGGGCACGCUCUGCGUCUACGCGGCGAUAUGCAAGCACGAGGGGCUGCCGCUGAAGUUUCCGGGAAGCAGUGCGGCGUGGAAUUGUUACUCGGUGGCUUCUGAUGCUGAUCUCAUUGCGGAGCAGCAGAUAUGGGCGGCGGUGGACCCGCAUGCGAAAAACGAAGCGUUUAAUAUAAACAACGGGGAUGUGUUCAAGUGGAAGCAUUUCUGGAAGGUGCUGGCGGAGCAGUUCGGGAUAGAGGAGUAUGGGAUUGACGAGGGAGGCGGGAGGCUGAGCUUGGCGGAGCGGAUGAAGGGGAAGGAGGGGGUGUGGGAGGAGAUAGUGAGGGAGAAUGAGCUGCAGGCGACGAGGUUGGAGGAGGUGGGGGUGUGGUGGUUUGUGGAUGCUAUGCUGGGUGGGGAGGCUAUGAUUUGUAGCAUGAACAAGAGCAAGGAGCAUGGGUUCGUCGGGUUUCGAAACUCGAGGAAUUCGUUUGUUACUUGGAUUGACAAGGUGAAAUCUUUCAAGAUUGUGCCUUGAUCGAUCGAUGAUUGCAUUGGUGGAUUGGUGAUGUUCGUUGUGGGUUUCUUGUCCUUGCUCUAUAUGUAGCACACAAACUACUGUUGUGAUUUUAUAGUUUGAAAUUUGAUGAACUUUAUUGUGUUUGUCUUCGAUAAGGAAGAAAGUUGUCAUUUUCUCUACCGUGGUAUUAUUUCAUCCUAAAAACGUUAUAAUUGGAAUUGUUUCGUCGUAAAAAUGUUAUAAUCGAAAUUGUCCGUAUUAUUUA